AUGGUCAAUAAUUCGGAAAUUGAUAGCAUUUACUGCUUUUUAUUCGAGCAGAAGUUUUUCAGAAGUCAAGAAAAAUUGUGAGUUAGAGAUGAAGAAGAAAAAAUUGAAAUUACUUUGCAGAGCUUCAUUUUUGUUGUUGUCGAUUUUUUUGCCGAUUUCGGUGAUAAUUUUUGGGGUUUUUGUUAUAGCUGGUUUGAAUUUCGUAAAGAAUAGUGAGUUUGUGAAAAUUCUUAAUGAAUCAUGAGAGUUCAAAUUUCCAGGAUUCGUUCGCAACAUUCAAUAUAAUUCCACAAAAUCCAAAGAUCCACAAACUGUGGCUGGAAAUAUUGAUAAAACUGCCGAGAUCCCCCAGAAAAAUAAGCCAUUUAAUAAGAAUGAUCCAGCGACGCGAGCCAAACAUCAAAAACAUAUCGAGGCGUGCAAGAAGCAGGAGUUGGAGGAUGGCAACCUCGAAAACUUCGCAAAGAGCGGCACCAUAUUCAUUCCACAUGCAGUUGAUGAUGCCGCUUUUGCGAAGAAAUGCGAGGCGCCUGACAACAUUAUGUUGGAUAAGGUUUUCUAUGAUCCAAGUGGCAAUGAGGUGUUUGAUAUUGGAACUGAUAUCGAUGAUAUUGAAACUAAUCCAAGCACUGUUGUCACUUUGGAUCCGGAUACCUUACGAACAACUGCUUCUUCACCCGGUGCCAUCAUCAAAGCCAACUCCAAGGAAAACUCGAAAAAUUCGCAUUGA